AUGCCUAAAGUCUCCGCAGCACGUUAUGGCAAGGACAAUAUUCGUGUGUACAAAGUACACCGAGAUGAGUCUACUAAUCCACCAACCCAUACUGUCUACGAGAUGACGGUUUGUGUCCUCCUGGAGGGCGAGAUCGAGACCAGCUAUACCGAAGCUGACAACAGCAAUGUCGUAGCCACUGACACAAUGAAGCAAACCACUUACAUCACGGCUAAGCAAAAUCCAGUCAAUCCACCUGAGCUUUUUGGGGCUAUACUCAGCCAGCACUUCAUCGAUACAUACAAGCACAUCAGCGUCGCUCAUGUGAACAUCAUCCAGCAUCGAUGGACCAGAAUGGAUGUCGACGGCCAGCCGCACCCCCAUAGCUUCUACCGUGACGGUGCCGAGAAACGACUCGUUCAAGCUGAUGCUACCCGAGGAACAGGAAUCAGCAUCCGCUCUGGCAUAAGCGAUCUGCUUGUUCUGAAGUCAACUGGCAGCAUGUUCCACUCUUUCUACCGUAAUGAAUAUACUGCACUGCCAGAAACAUGGGAUCGUAUCCUUAGCACAUCCGUGGAUGCAGGUUGGAAGUGGUCAACGUUCUCCGGUCUAGAAGCUGUGCAAAAGGAGGUUACACAAUUCAAUGAGACCCAUAUCAAGGCUCGAGAGAUCACUUUCAGACUUUUCGCUGUUGAGGAGUCGCCAUCUGUGCAGAAUACAAUGUACAAGAUGUGCGAGGAGAUUUUGGCAGCCCAGAGUAUGGUAACAGACGUCGAUUACUCACUGCCGAACAAGCACUACUUUGAAAUCGACUUGAGCUGGCACAAGGGAUUGAAGAAUACUGGCAAGGAUGCAGAGGUUUAUGCUCCACAGAGCGAUCCGAAUGGAUUGAUCAAGGUCACCGUCAGCCGAUAG